CUGCCUUUCGCUUGUAAUUUCUCCCGUUACUGUACCGAACACAGAGUUGUUUUUUUCACGUCUUUCUAUUGCUCAUCGCUGCUCGCUUUCCACGUACUACGUUUAACAUGACCAAUCAAGGGCAAUCAAGGGACGGAGGAAUGGAAGAAUCUGAUGUUCUGGUCUGAUGGAUUGAUCUCUUAUUAGUGUCCGCGUCCUGAUGUCUGAUCGAUCUUGGCCUUGGAUUCUAGUCAGCUGCUCAGUUGCUCCUCAGUUUGAGGUCAGUCCCCCCUUGCAGCUCGGGACGUAAGCAAAGGCAAUCACCACGCUCCAGACUUCCCAAAGCCAUCAGUGCGAUUUGGGACUAUGCCGUAUGUAAACAGAAAGGACCUGCUUUCGCGACGUGAUGUACUCUCAAACAAUCCAGUGCCAAAAAACAUCCCCUCAUUCUUGUUGCACGCCACGUCUUGCACUCGCUCUUACAACGCUGCCCGGAAAGAUCAUCACACAUUCGUUCUCUACGACUGAACCGGUCCUUUUUCUCCAUUACUUAUCGACUGUGACUUCAUAUCUUGUAACAGUAACACCCCCAUCGCCCACACGAACCCAACUUCCCUUGAAGAGAAUCAUGUCCGGAGACGAUUACCUCAACUUCUCGCCAUACGGGUAUACGCCCACCGGCUGGGUUUGUGUUACCUUUAUCAUCCUCUUCGUAGUACUGGGAUGCGUGCAUACGGCAUUAGGAGUCAAGUUCAAGUACUGGAUUGCAUUCCCGACGCUCAUUUUCGGAUGUCUUUUGGAAAUUAUAGGAUGGGCGGGGAGAUACUGGUCGAAUCAGAAUGUGCUGUAUAACCCGCCGUUCUUGAUGCAGAUCAUCACACUGAUCAUCGCUCCAGUUUUCUUCAGCGCGUGGUGCUACACCAUUUUAGGAAUGAGUAUCAGUACCCUAGGUCAGCAAUACUCCUUCCUCCGUCCGAAAUGGUAUAUUAUUAUAUUCGUCACCUGCGACUUCAUUUCCCUCAUCCUCCAGGCUGUCGGCGGAGGAUGGGCAGCUUCCGUGGACCCGCCGACGCCUAAAAUGCCGACCAACAUCAUGGUCGGAGGUAUCAUCUUCCAACUAGUCAGUAUGAUCGCCUUUGCUGGUCUUGGAGUCGAUUUUAUGCAACGUGCGAUGCGCAGAAGGGCUUACAGAGGAAGGGAAGGUGAGGAAGUGGAGAUGCUUCCAAGUACGCCCGACUCGGGGACGGGGAAGGAAGGGAUGUACGGCGGUUAUGCGGUGGCGAGGGCGGCGAAGGGCGAAAAGGUGGUGCGGCGGUGGCGGUGGGUGAUGGUGGGAACGGGGAUUUGCAGCAUCAUGAUUAUAGUGCGAGGCAUCUACCGAUCCGUGGAGCUGGUCCAAGGAUGGGACGGAUAUUUUAUCACCCACGAGGCGUACCAAGACACGCUGGACGGCAUCCCCAUGAUUAUGGCGUUGCUGGCGACGGCUGUCUUCCAUCCGGGACUCUUUCUGGCCCCGAGGCAGGGGUGGACGAGCGCGUGAGAGUAGGACGAGCAAUGUCCAGAUAUGUAUCGUGGCGUCGUAAUAGUGAUGCAUUUUUAUGCAUGGUGUAAUAAUC